AUGGCUGUGAAUGAGAUGAACAAAAAACCAGAACUAAUUUUCAUUCCUUCACCAGGAAUUGGCCACUUAGCUUCAUCACUUGAAUUUGCAAAACUCUUAAUCAACACUAAUAACAACCUUUCCAUCACAAUCCUAUGCAUCAAAUUCCCAGGCUUUCCCUUUGCAGAUUCAUACAUCAAAUCAGCUUUAGACUCACAACCUCAAAUCCAACUCAUUGAUCUUCCUGAAGUUGAACUGCCACCACAAGAGCUACUCAAAUCUCCAGUGUUCUUCAUCUUGACUUUCAUAGAAAGUCUCAUACCUCAUGUUAAAGCAACUAUACAAACCAUUCUAUCAGACAAAGUUGUUGGGUUAGUCCUAGAUUUCUUCUGUGUUUCCAUGAUUGAUGUUGGAAAUGAACUUGGCAUACCUUCUUAUAUGUUUCUGACAUCAAAUGUUGGUUUCUUAAGUUUCAUGCUUUUGCUACAGAACCGCCGAAUCGAGGAUAUUUUCGAUGAUUCCGACCUUGAUCGUCAAUUCUCGAUUCAUGGUUUCUCAAUUUCAGUACCUUUUAAAGCUUUACCUGAUGCUGUUUUUAACAAAGAUGGUGGGUAUGUUGCUUAUUAUAAAAUUGCUGAGAGGUUUAGAGACACCAAAGGGAUUAUUGUUAAUACUUUUUCAGAAUUGGAACAAUAUUCAAUUGAUGCAUUAUCUAGUCAUGAUGAAAAAGUUCCUCCUAUAUAUGCUGUUGGUCCUUUGUUAGAUCUCAAAGGUAAUCCUAAUCCUAAGAUAGACCAAGCUCAGCGUGAUCUUAUACUGAAAUGGCUAGAUGAACAGCCUAAUAAAUCUGUUGUUUUUCUAUGUUUUGGAAGCAUGGGAAAUAGCUUUGUUCCAUCUCAAAUAAGAGAAAUGGCACUAGGACUUAAGAAUAGUGGAGUUAGGUUUCUGUGGGCUAACAAUGCAGAGAAACAAGGGUUACCAGAAGGGUUUUUAGAAUGGAUGGAAUUGGAAGGUGAAGGAAUGAUAUGUGGUUGGGCACCUCAAGUUGAGAUAUUGGCACAUAAGGCUAUAGGUGGAUUUGUUUCACAUUGUGGAUGGAAUUCUAUUUUGGAAAGUUUGUGGUUUGGUGUUCCAGUAUUGACAUGGCCUAUUUAUGCAGAACAACAGCUUAAUGCUUUUAGGAUGGUGAAGGAAUGGAGUCUAGCUGUGGAGUUGAGAAUGGAUUAUAGAAAGGGUAGUGAUAUUGUGGUGGCUGAGGAGAUUGAGAAAGGGUUGAAGGAUUUGAUGGAUAGAGAUAACAUUGUGCACAAGAAGGUGGAAGAGAUUAAAGAGAUGGCAAGGAAUGCUGUUGUUAACGGUGGAUCUUCUGUCAUUUCUGUUGGAAAAUUUAUUGAUAAUGUUUUAGGACGCAGUUGA